GCAGAGGGCUGAACGUUUCCAUUCGUUCGUUCGCAUUCACAAGAAUUUCACCGACAUUUAGUUUAGUACCGUUUUUGGCUGCAGUCGCACUACGGACAGUUUAUUCUAAUUGUGUGCUACCAUCCCAUACAUCCAAACAUACAAAUAUUAUUGCUAAAGUUAACGAUAUUAACUACACAUAUUAAAUGCUAUUAUACACGGGCCGAGCAAAGCCAUUUCAAAAGCGGUUUACUGCCCCAUCCACACACAAAACACAAAAAAAAUUCAAUUAAAUCAAUUGAAAUCGUAAUCGAGUCCAAAACACAGUACAGCGAAAGAAAAGUCAAAUAAACUAAAAUUAUAUGGUUAUCAACGUUGAAUCUAAACAUACAUAUAAUAACUAUUUUCUAUGAAAAUCAAGUGUUUCGUUUCCGAAUCGGGAAAAAAGUUAAUAAUUCAAUUAAUGUUAACGCCAAAUAUAAUCCGACGAGAAAAGCGCAUGCAACAAGUUAAAUCCAGCCGACAGUUGUAAACCAAGUUAGAUCCGUACACAGAUACACCCCAAAUACCACAACCCAUACGAAUGAAUGCCCGGUAUACACACACAAACGCAAAAGUCACACACACACACACACGCAGACUAUAACAAUGUCAAGUGAAAACAUUCUCUGGAAGCAACAGGUUUCCCCUUAAUAAGUGUUAUAAAGAAGCAACCAACAGUCAUCACCCAGAACUGUUCGUUCGGAAAAAAGUAAAGUAAAAAAUAAAAGAGAAAUAGAAAGAGAAAGAGAGGUAGAGAUAAAGUAUAAAGAAAGAGAAAGAGCGGAGAAAGAGCUCAGCAAAAUCAUAUGAAAAUAAUAGUAUAAUACCAUAAACUAAAAAAUUAUAAGAAGACAGUUCUUAAGUGGGUUAAAGUAGAAAAAUUUGUGUGACUGCAACCGAGUGGAACCGAAUUAAACCAAACCCCAUACCAUACCAUACCAUCCCCGAACCGCAAAACCAACUAAAAGAGUUCUUAGAGCGCAUCUGAAUAGCGCCAACCCCAAAGAACCAUGGAAUUCUACGAUGGCGACCUCAAAGAUAUAUGGGACUCCGACUUAGAUCCGGAAUCCUUGAAAAUCAGCCCCGAUCACGAUAUGCACGACUGGCUUUUCGAUCGGGACGUCAAAGAUCCCACCGUCAUACUCAACGACAAGCUCAUCUCGGAUGCCCUGCUCAAUGGCACACAGCCGAUCAAAACGGAGCACUCCUACAGCCUCAGCAGCGACGUUGACUCCCUGCCCGAUUCACCAAAAAGCCUCCAGGCCAAGAUCGAGGACAUGGAGGACGAGUGCUUUCCCGCCAUUUCACCGAAGACGGCGACCAAUGGGCGCGUGACUAUCGAUCCCAAGUGCCUCACCUUUCACGUCCCGCCCACGCACGCCACGCCCAUCAGCCGGCUGAGCAGCAAUCCCGCCCUAAACACCUCCGUCGCGGAUCUGACACGAUCCUCCGGCCUGCACAAUCUGCAGGCGCACCAGCCACACCACGGAUCCGGCUCGAGCCACGUGGUGGUGGCCAAUCUGGAGCACUUUCAACUACCUCAGCACCUGUACGACAACGACUGCAGCUCCUCGGUGUCGUCGUUGCGGGAUGGCAGCAUGUCGCCGGACAUUUGCUCCGACAUCGAGAUCGACGAGUCGGCCAUCAAGGAUGAGCCCAUGUCGCCGGACUCCAGCUGCCCCGCCAGUCCCACUUCUCAAGCGAGCAGCUCGCAGCACCAGCUCAGCCUUAAUCUGGCCCACCUGCAGUCGGAAAUGCUAUUCGAGCCAAAGCACGGUGGCCUCCUGCUAGCCGCUUGCAGCAACAGCAACAACAGCCUCAUAAAGUCCCAGCAGCGCCAGCAGCAAAUCCUUGGCCAGGACAAUCUGCUGAUGGCCAAGAUGGAGAUCAAGAGCGAGAAACAGAACACCAGCAAUAGCUCGGGCAAAUCGCAUGCCCACGGCUAUGGAAUCCCGCUGACGCCACCAUCCUCCCUGCCCAGCGACGAUUCCGAAGGUAACUUGAGUCCGGAACACCUGUUUGCGCCCUUGUCGCCCAACGCUACCGUUUCCAUCUCCGUGGCCAAACCAGCCGGCGGCGAGUCAUCCGUACGGGUAAGCCGCACCGCUGCCAGCAUCACGCGCUCGUCCGCCGGAUCCGCAUCAGUAUCCGGCUCCAGUUCCAGCUCAAUGGCCACCACGACACGGCAGCCGAUCCACACGCCCCUGAUUAGCUCGCAGCCGAAGGGCUCCACUGGGACGCUGUUGCUUACGGAAGAGGAGAAACGUACUUUGCUGGCCGAAGGCUAUCCGAUACCGCAGAAGCUUCCCCUAACCAAAGCCGAGGAGAAAUCGCUAAAGAAGAUUCGACGCAAAAUCAAGAAUAAAAUCUCUGCUCAGGAAAGCCGCCGCAAAAAGAAGGAGUACAUGGACCAGCUGGAGAGGCGCGUCGAGAUCCUGGUCACCGAAAACCACGACUACAAGAAGCGUCUUGAGGGGCUGGAGGAGACCAAUGCCAAUCUACUUAGUCAGCUGCACAAACUGCAGGCCCUAGUUAGCAAGCACAAUGUGAAAAAGUCCUAAAGACCCGGAUUCACAUGGACCCCUCGAUAUCCAGGGGCUUCUGUAGCCGGAAUCGUUUCUUGUUUGCCCGCCUUCCCGAGUUUUAUAUUGUAGAUCUAUUAUGUGUAUGUCAGUUCAGUUCAGUUCAGUUCGAUUCAGUUCAGAUUAGUUUUUUGUUUCGAUUUAAUCGGUCUGGGAGAUUUUGAAGAAUUUAUGCGACGAGGAAAUUUUGAUGAAUUUUUUGUUCGGCUUUUGGAUAGCACAAAGCGGUAAAACAUUCCCCUCACUCCUGCUCCACCGCACCCCCAUAAUAAAUAUUCCAUAGGGCCCAGAUGCCUGAAUGCCCCUAACUAAUACCGUAUAAUUAAUGUGUAUGUAAUCCUAGCUACUUGUAGGACCUAUAUUAUAAAGCUAUGUAUAUUAGUCAUGCAUUCCUGUUAUAUAAACUUGAUCUAGCUUAGGCAAAUGACCAGCUGCAGCAACAACAACAAUUACAAUUAUAACGAGAAGCUCAAAUGCAGAAGCCAAUCCAGAAAGCGUCUAAAGAGAAGCUAAAAUAAUAUUGUAAUUAAGCGAAAUCAACAGACCAAAAACAAAAACGUA